UUCGGACUUGUGCUACUGGUUGAGACGUAGUCGAGGGCGUGGAAGCGCCAUCAACAGGUACUCUGCAUGCAAUGGACACGCCUAGUGUAGAGGUGGUGUCCGCGCCUUCGGAAAGUCCUUUGCCGCCAGCCAUACUCCGUUCAUUGGGUGAUCGCUCUUACGAUAAAAGGAAGAAUGCGGCUUUGGAAAUAGAAGCUCUUAUCAAAGCUCUCCAAGAGAACAAUGAUACAGACCGGAUCUGUUCAGUAAUCGCCAUGCUCGGGCAGGACUUUGCAACAUCGACAAACGCCAACCACCGAAAAGGAGGCCUGAUUGGGCUAGCCGCCACGGCGAUAGGCUUAAUGCAAGAUAUCAGACUAUAUCUUGAUGCCCUCCUGCCUCCAGUUCUCCAUUGUUUGGAUGAUCCAGAGAGUCGUGUAAGAUACUACUCUUGUGAGUCGCUUUAUAAUAUUGCCAAGGUAGCAAGGGGACACAUCCUUAGAUAUUUCAACCAGAUAUUUGAUGGAUUGUGCAAGCUAUUUGCUGACGUUGAUAUUGAUGUGAAGAAUGGGGCAAAUUUGUUGGAUAGACUUGUCAAAGACGUGGUGACUGAAUCAGACUCUUUCGAUGUUGAACGAUUUAUUCCGCUCCUGCAGAAAUACAUUCGCCGUUCUAAUCCAUACAUCAGGCAACUGCUAGUCGGUUGGAUUACGGUACUUGAUUCUGUUCCUGAUAUUAACAUGCUCGAUUGGUUGCCCGAUUUUCUGGAUGGGUUGUUCAACAUGCUAUCUGACUCAAAUAGGGAAAUACGGCAGGCAGCUGGCUCUGCCAUAGGAGGAUUUUUGAUUGAGAUUAAAAAAUCCACAGUGGUUGAAUUUGGUCCGAUGGUGGGUAUUCUCGUGAGUCAGUGCAGGAACAAGGAAAGAUUCAACCGCCUCACAGCUAUAACUUGGGUUCAGGAAUUUAUCAAACUGGGUGGAAGUCGACUCUUAUUGUUUUAUUCUGAGCUCCUUGGGGCAAUCAUGCACUGUAUUUCUGACAGUGAUACUGAAAUUCGCCAGGUUGCAGGCUACACCAAUGUAGAUCUACUAAGGCUUGUGAAAAGUACCACUGAAGAAUUUGAACUGUCACCAUUACUACAAACUCUGACCAUGGAGUUGGACUCGCAUCACAUCCCAACUAGGAUGGCAGCUUUGCGAUGGAUAAAUAUGCUUCUGGAGAAGGUUAGAGGUGAGAUGAACAAGUUUAUCUCGGAGCUCCUACCGGCACUCCUCAAGACCUUGUCAGAUGAAGCUGAUGAGGUAGUCCUCACGAAUCUUGAAGUCUUGGCUCGAAUCUCACUUUUGAAUGACUGUGAGUUUCAGCGAGUUUUGCAUGCCAUUGUCAACCUCUUCGCAGAGGACCGUCGCCUGCUGGAGCUCAGGGGGUCCCUAAUUAUUCGGUAUUUGUGUACCUUGCUCAAUGCAAAGUCAAUUUAUUUCUCACUCGCUGCCAUCCUCAAAGGGACAGUUCCAGGGGAAAAGAUUGUCGAGGCAAGCUUGCUUCCUCCUGAUGAAUUGGAAUUUAGGUCAAUCAUGGUCCAGACUCUCAGCCUCAUUUUACUUACAGCUCGUGAGCUCGAUGAGCUUCGAGAGCUCCUUCGUUCUAGUCUAGAACCAAAUGCCUCAAGUGAGGCGACUGAACUCUUCAUUAUCAUGUACGGCUGCUGGUGCCAUAACCCUGUGGCAACACUAGCGCUGUGCUUAAUGGCCCAAGCUUAUGACCUUGCUUCGUCACUUGUGACACAAUUUGCUGAAGUGGACGUGACUGUGGGAUUUCUCAUGCAAGUGGACAAGUUAGUGCAACUACUCGAAAGCCCCAUCUUCAUCCAAUUGCGGUUACAGCUCUUGGAAGUAAGGGCCCCUUAUCACCCACUGCUACUGAAAAGCUUGUAUGGUCUAUUGAUGCUACUUCCACAGUCUACCGCUUUCACGACGCUUAGUACGCGACUUGCGACCAUUGCAACUCUGCAACAACAUCUUCAGAAGGAGCCGACAGUCGCAUCAAAAGUGGUGCCAAACUUACGCAAGAUGGAACUUCUCGAAAGUUUUAAAGAAAUACAGUCGGUCCACACUAAAGCAAGGCAGAGAAUUGCUAUUUCCCAAAGUCUCAAUCUGACCAAGGAAGCGAACUGCUG